AGAAAAUGUUCGAGAACAGCAGAGAAAGUCUCUGCAAAGUGAAUGAUGGUCCAGAGAAAAUGUUGCCACCGAGGCAAGCCAACAUGGCACUGGUUCUGUUAGCACUGUUACCAAAGUUCACAUCAGCUCCACACUCCAGGAGUGUCUUGACGAUGUCCUUGCGCAGCAUGGCACACGCCCGCAUCAGCGGAGACAUCCCACUCGCAUCUGGACGACUAGAAGAUGUAAGAGGAGAUUGGACGCUGUAUCUCCCUGUUAAAGAUAUACGAUCAAGUUAAAGUCAACUCCAGAUUCAUAGUCUACCCAGCUUAAAGAAAUUAAGGGCUGCUGCUUUAUCGCAACAAUCUCCUGUUUAUAGCUCAUCUUCCCAGUGUUGGACUCCUCAGUUCUCCACUGCUUCAUAUCCAAUCUGAAAGCACGACAUUUUCACAUCAGCCUCCAUCUGACCCCCUCUCUGACCCCCUCUCUGACCCCCUCUCUGACCCCCUCUCUGACUCGCCCAUAUCGCUCUGUUAGGAGUGGGAGGUGAUAUGCGACUGAGGAGAGAGGGAUGGCUGCUGCCGCUAGUGUACGCUAACCUUGUCCUGGUCUAUAUUCCCAUCAUGUUCUGCCAGAUAGUGAUAGCCUGUCAAGGUACUUCUAACGGUCUGUCUAUUUUACAAGUUGCAACUCUCUUCUGCAAUGCUCCCGUGUUACUGUCCUUCCUGGGUGCGUACUGUAAACACCGAGCAGAGAGACACAACACAGGGAGACUGCUGUGUUUGAGCACUUCAGCUCUUGCUGUCUUAUCAGUUGUCUUAUCUCUCAUUCCCUUCAACGGAAAUCUCCUGGUGUAUGUGGUGUGGAGUCUGCUCCUCACUCUCCUCUCCAUAUCCUGCUUCUUCUCCCAGCUGGCUAGCUUUGCUGUCAUUUCACAAAACCACUUCUCCGCUCCUCCCAAUAUUAUGAUAAUUGAUAUCUCUCAAGCGGCUUCCGCUACUUUAGGAAUGCUGAUAUGUUACUAUUUUAGUAACUCGCUGGGUGGAAGAGGGCUCCUGCUUGUGGCUGCAUCCUUGCUACUUUUUCCUCCUCUCAUUCUCUGGUUCUUAUGUGUGAAUGACUCGCCAAUGCCGGCUUUAUUUGUCAAAGACAUCGAGAAAAGUUACUCACUAUGUGACAGAGAAAGCAUUAAGAACUAUUUCAACGAUGAGAGGUUAAAGAACGAUCUGGUUAAAGAUAACCCCUAUCUGCUCAUGGAAAAUGAGAGCUUUGGUAAAAAUCUAAUUGAUACAGACGCUCAGGUCAUCAUUCUAAUGAAUAUCAUCUACAUUGUAACUGUGGCUAUCAGCCAAGGUGUUCACUGUUUCUUCCUGGUAACUAUCUCGGAGCGUUCUGCCGCCUUUACCCUGGACAGGUGCUGUUUUCUGUACACAGUGGGAGUCGUGCUCUCUACUGCAGUCUGCUGUAUCUCCAGACCUUUUAUUAUUCACUGCAACAUCUGCAACAAGGUGAUGUCAAUCCUGUACUUGGCAUUAUCUACCAUCAUAUCACUCUUCCUGAUGAGCGACCUUGAUACUUACGUUGGGAAGUACAUCCUCUCCUACUGCGCUAUCAUUAUCAACUGCCAGUUACUGGUAUACGGAGAUCCCCACUUUCUAACGUACGACAAGAACGCCUAUUCGUACAUGGGACUGUGUGAUAAUGUCCUAGCUAUGGACUGUGAUUCUGCAAGGUGGUUCGUGUACGGAAGAAUGAGGCCCUGUGGAAGGACCGGGGGUUCAUGUUUGGAGUCUGUCACCGUUUUCGUAGAUGAAGAUAUUAUCGAGCUUCAGAGAGGAUGGCUGGUGAAUAGAAGCGGAAAGAAGAUUGUCCCCAAGAACCGUAAAAAUAAAAAGAUCCGUGUAAAAGGAAAGAACCGAGACUUUAUCCUCCUGUUUGACGGAGCAAUGCUCACUCUCAAAGCUGUCCUCAACACCAGAAAGACUGGACCAGGAACCUUCGAACAUGACAAGAUCGUUGUCCGUUGGGAUGGCUUCGUCUCUGCUCAGAUCCAGACCCCCAUGAACACCAAAACUUGUGGAAUGUGUGGCAACAACGACGGCCAACCUGAGAAUGAUAUAAAGAUCACCCGAUUUGGCAAGUCAACCGAAAGCAUAGACGUGUUCGGAAACAGCUGGCAGGUCAAUCCUACGGGAUGUCCCAAGCACCAGAAGACAAGAACGUCUAAGGAGGUGUGCGGAGAGAGGUACCAAGAAGUAAAGACGGAGUGUGAGCGAGUGUUCAGCAUCUCCAAGUUCCAGGGUUGUAUCACAGCUGGGCACGACACUGCCAGUUGGAUAGACAGCUGUGUCUACGACGAGUGCGAGGGACUUCUGCAGAAUGAGGAGCUGCCUCCUAAAUGUGCGGUGGCUCAAGCUUACGCUACACAGUGCGGUAACCCGUUCUGGGAGAAGGGAGACCCUGUCCCGAAGAACAGCAACGAUCUCACCAACUGGGAGAUGGAAGCUGGAUGUCCUGAUGAGGCAGAAAGGUUGCAACCCAUCCUGGAUGCUGGAUGUCCUCAACCUACCCUAGAGGAGGAGCUCGCUGAAAACUUCUAGAUCAAUGGAGCAUUUAGAUUUAUGAUGGAAGAGGUGAUAGACUCAGUUGUGACAAGCUACUACGAAAGUAUACAUCUCCCCGCAAUGAAGAGUUUCUCGGUUAGGGACUACGUCAAUUCCAAGGUUGGUUUCCUUCACGGAGUUGGCUCUCUAGCUGGACCCAUAGUAUUUGGAGUUAUAGCUGCAGAUAUGGAAGUGGAGUCCAUGCUCUUCACUGUAGCUGCAAUAUUCACCACCCUUACUGUGGUCACCACCCCACUCUCCCUGCUAUUCGUUGCUGCUGACCUUAGGUGACAGAGUUACUAAUUCUGGCAGAAUGCCAAGUAGUAGAGUGAACAAUGCCAUACUGCCAAGGUUAAGUGUGAACCCUGGCAAGUGCUAGAAUGAAAUGUAAGCAUGUUUUGGAGGGAAUGUAGACUCAGACUGACUGUUUUAGAUAAUGAUAGGUUUUAAUUAAUGCAAUUAAAAGAAUCGCAGCUAAAGAUAGGGUUAAACGGAAGAGAUUAUAUGAUGUUAAGUAUUUUUCCAUGAAGUGACCAGAUUUUGACGAUGCUUUAUUAUCUGUUUGCAGUUUGAUGUAUUCAAUUUCAAAAGUAAAAUUACAUUAUUUGAUUUCAAUCAUUGAGUUUAACUUUUAAAG